CGCCGCAUCAUCUGGCUGAAAGGCGCCAUGUUUUUUUUCGUCCUGCUGCUUCUCCUUUGCGGCUUGUCGCGCGCCGUUGAAUCGGAUUAUCAUGAGCGACUACUCUUGCGUCCGCUUCCUCAGAAUGCCCUCCUAGCUUCCUUCAACUUCCGCAGCAACGCCUCUGCUUCGUCCUUUGACCACCAGAACUUCAGGUACUUUCCGCGAUCGCUCGGUCAGAUUCUUCAGCACGCCCAUACGACCGAGUUGCAUCUCCGUUUCAGCCUGGGACGAUGGGACGCCGAAGCAUGGGGAGCGAGGCCAUGGAACGGGGCAAGAGAGGGCGGGACUGGUGUCGAGCUAUGGGCGUGGGUCGACGCGCCGACAGAUGAGGAAGCCAAUGCCCGCUGGUUGACUCUUGCGAACGCGUUGUCUGGUCUGUUCUGCGCCUCGUUGAACUUCAUUGAUGCUACGAAGACGAUCAGACCUGUCAUGACCUUUCCCCCGGAGAGAUAUCCCGCGAAUGCUACCAGCUCCAAUCUCCACUUGCUACACGGUACAUUACCACACGAAGUCGUCUGUACUGAGAAUUUGACGCCAUUUCUCAAGUUGCUGCCGUGCAAAGGGAAAUCUGGUAUCUCGAGUCUACUGGACGGCCACAAGCUUUUUGACGCGUCGUGGCAGACCAUGUCCAUUGAUGUGAAGCCGGUUUGCUCGGACAAUGGCUCCGAUUGCGUCCUGGAAAUGGAGCAGACGGUAGAUAUGGUUCUUGACAUUGACAGGUCUAAGCGGCCACGGGACAAUCCAAUCCCUAGACCUGCACCCAUCGAGGAGAUUGAAUGUGACACCUCCAAGUCAUAUCACGCCGGAGACUCGUGUUACCCUCUGUACAAAUCCUCUGAUCCUUCCUGGAGUCUGGAGGAGAUUUUUGGUCGUCCCAUCAAAGGAGCCUGCCCAUUGACAGGUGAUGGAGAAGCCUCGGAAACCGUCUGUCUGAAUGUACCUACUGAGCGGGAGGUCCAAGUCAAGACGGAGAACAAAUAUGAUGAGAGCAAAUACGACGACGGGCAGUUGAGAUGUUACAAACUUCCGACCAACGCGGACUUUGACCUUGUUCUCCCUGAGCAAACCAUCACGAACCCGAUUUCCCUACCCCAACCACCCCUCUACGCCGCACGCACGAUAACCGGUCACGGCCAAGAGCGCGGCGGAAUUCAAGCCGUACUGACCAACCCGUCCGACUCCCCCGCCCCCCUCAUCUACCUCGAGACACUCCCCUGGUUCAUGAAAACCUACGUGCACACAUUACGCGCAUCCAUCACGACCAACGGCAGCAAAACAGACUGCCCAUCCUGCAUCCACGAGAUCUACUACCGCCCCGCCGUCGACCGCACCCGCGGCACGCACCUCGAACUCCGCCUCUCCGUGCCCCCCGCCGCGCGCCUGACGCUGAACUACGAUUUCGAAAAGGCGAUUCUGCGCUACACGGAGUACCCACCCGACGCGAACCGGGGGUUUGACGUCGCGCCCGCGGUGAUCAGGCUGCUAGACCGCGAGGACGGCGCGAGUGAGGCGGGCGUUAAAGGCGUUUAUCUCCGCACUACGAGCUUGUUGCUGCCGCUCCCCACGCCCGAUUUUAGCAUGCCGUAUAACGUGAUUAUCCUCACGAGCACGGUUAUGGCUCUGGGCUUUGGCAGCAUUUUUAAUAUUUUGGUCAGGAGGUUUGUUGGGGCUAAUGAGGUCGAGGGCUGGAAGGGAGGUGCGUUGAAGGCUGUUUUGGCGGCUAAGGUGCAGAGGUUGAGGGCGAGGUUUGCGGCGAAGGGGAAGGCUGAGUGAUGUGAAUGCUGUAAGUUGGAGCUGAUUAAAUCCGCGCGGUUAAAGAGUGUUUAUCGCUAUAUUUGACAGUUUUAGCCGUUUAGUCAAGUUUACCGUUGUUAAAUGAAGAAAGAUAUAAAAUUGAAGCUACAACACGGUCUAGCAGCUC